AUGCGGAGUGUAUGGCCUCUAAGCUUGUUUGAGGAUAUAAUUAAUAGCGAAUGGGACGAGUACUUGCUUUGGUUGUUCCUGCCAAUUAUUAUUGUGUUCGUUCUGCCCAUAUUCUUGGUGUUGUUCAUCUAUGGUUGCGUCAUAUUUCUACACAUCUAUGGAUUACGACAUCAGAUUCGCGAAGCCUAUCAUACUAGUUACUGGAAUGGUGCUCGCGUAGCCAUCACGUCAUUUUGGGAUGCGGUCGGACAUGUCUGGCAUGGUUACGAAUUGCAUGGCAUCGAAAACGUGCCAGAUAACGGGUCUGCCCUCUUCAUCUACUAUCACGGGUGUCUGCCGUUGGACGUCUAUUACCUCAUAGCUAAACUGGUACUCCACAAAAAUCGUUCACUUCACUGUGUCGGCGACAAAUUUAUCUUUAAAAUUCCAGGUUGGAGUGCGAUCUGUAAAGUGUUUUCAAUCACGGCAGGCACUGUUGAGGAGUGCACUAACCAACUGAAAGAGGGCAAUCUUCUAUGUAUAGCUCCUGGAGGUGUUCGAGAGGCUUUGUUUUCUGAUCCUAAUGUCUACGAUAUGCUGUGGGGUAAGCGGCUUGGAUUUGCGCGGGUUGUCAUCAAUUCGAGAACUCCUGUAAUUCCAAUGUUUACGGAGAAUUGUCGUGAAUCGUUCCGUACUCCUGUAUGGGGACGAAGUUUCUUCCGUUGGAUUUACGAGAAAACAAAAAUGCCCUUAUGUCCUAUUUAUGGUGGAUUUCCUGUGAAGAUGAUUACACAUCUUGGCAAACCGAUGACCUUCGACUACGACAACGUCACUCCCGAAGAAGUUCGCCGACAAAUUAAAAAAGAAGUACGGGCUUUGAUACGACAACACCAACGUCUUCCUGGCAGCAUACUUAGAGGUAUCGCGCAACGAUUCCGAUCCGUAAAAGCAAAACAACGUGAUGUACUGCCGGAGCAGAUUAUUCGCUAUACAAGACAUCCUCCUGCAGUGGAGUUAUUGAAUCGGUCAAAUGGUCAAUCUAACGGCACUGCAACACAAGAAGACAACCCAGCAGUUACCAGUGAUGCAAGCACAUAG